ACUGGUAAAACUGCUUUGUUCUUUGCGGCACAAGCUGGACAUUUGUCUGUUGUACAGGAACUACUGAGAAAUGGAGCAAGUGUUGAUUACAGCAAUAAUAUGAAGGUAUGUACUAUUAAUUUAACACAAAUGUUGCCGAUUAUUUUAUUUCAGACUGAAUUAUACAGUAUAUACAAAAUGACAAAUCUACAGUACGAUAUAUGGCAUGCUAUGCGAGGCUAUAUUAUGGAUUGGUAUAUGGCUUGUACGAUAUUGUCAAGGUAUGAUAUGGUGUAAUAUGGUAUGUUUAUUAUGGUAUAUGAUAUAGUACCGUACAUGGUUAUAUGGUUUACUAUGCGGUCUUGUACGGUAUUGUAUGGUAUACUAUAGUAUGGCAUGGUAUGAUUAAGUAUCUUAUGGUAUUGUUUGAUGGUAUGGUUAGGUAUGGUAGGGCAUGGUUAGGUGUGGUUAGGUUAGGAUAUGAUUAGGUAUGGUAUGGUUAAGUAUGGUAUGGUAUGAUUAGGUAUGGAAUAUACUUUAUCCCGAGGCAACGGAACAAAACGCCGUUCUGGGCGUGUAAGCCCGGGGCGAGGGUACUAAUUCCGCUUGGCUAUUUAAACCCGGGAAAAGGAAAACAUUAGCGAUCGAAGUCUAACGUUCAUCAAUAAUUGCGGGCGCAUGGCUAUGGUUCAUGGACAUUGAACUAUAAUUUUAUAGGUAAACUGGAAUAAGUCAGGGGGAAAUUGAAGUUGGCGUGCUUUGUAGGUAGUGCCAGUCCCUUUUUACAAAAAAUUGUUGAAAAAUACACUUUUUAUGUCGAUAAAUUUUACCCUUUCAAUUGAUUUUUACCCUUUCCCAAGUUUUUCAUUUUAGAGCGUACUAAGACAGUUAAAGUUUCAUUUAAGUACUUACAAUGAACAAAAAUCGUUCAACUAUACUGAUUAAAACAAUGAAACAUUUAUACAGGACCAACACAAAAUUUGUCAAAAAACCGCGCGAAAAUAAUUGGUUUUUCUGAGUUAUGAGGCAUUCUUGAAAGAGUUGGGAGAUACUGUAUUAUAAUACAAUUCAUGUAUAAAAAUGUUAUCUGCAUUUGAAAAUUUCUUUUCAAGUACUCAUGAAGCGCUCAUACAAUGCCAACAAGAAGAUGCAAUGCCGAGAAUAAUACCACUUGAAAAACGUCAAUUUAUUCGUGCUUUAGAACAAAUAAAACAAGGACUAAAAGCUCUGGAUAAAUAACAAUUACUUGGGGGUUAGUACAAAAUAAGUUUUGGGACUGUCACACAAUGUUUUGUAGUGUCACAUUUUUUGAGUUGUGAAGAGCGAAGUUUUCUUCGUCACGUCCAAACGUUAGGCGAGGAGGGGUUGUUGCAUGCAUGUAUAUUUCUAUUAUUAUAUAAUGGUGCAACAUGAGCUCCACCUUUGAAUUUACUAUAUGCGGAGUAAAUUGUUAAACGCGUCCGAAAUUAUCAAUACAAUAAAUUCGUAACUCCUCAUUAUGUCACGGUUAGGGUUAGGGGUUAGGGCUAACAUGUGUCGCGAAUUUAUUGUAUUGAUAAUUUAAUUCGGACGUGUUUAACAAUUUACUCAUAUAGUAAAGACUAGAUGACACAAUUAACGAUGGUUUAAUACACUUAAGUUAGCUCGAUAUAGUUAUCACAAGAAUCCCGUUCAAGAAUCGCGAACAAAACCGGGUGACCAUUUUUACGCGCAAGUCGCGGAAACUGAUUAACAAAAUGAAAGAAUUAUAACUUCCAAAAUGACCUGACGUGAGCAGUUGCUCGCGCCAUCUCACGUCAUUAGCCGUUUUCACAUUAGAAGACGGACAAGUCGUCUAGACGAACAAAUCGUCUCAAAAUCGUCUUUUAGUUGAACAAAUCAUCAGAUGUGAAAAUGUGUCGGACAAAAUUUUAGACGAACAAGUCGUCUGAAUUUGUUCGACUACUUGUCCGUCUGUGAAGACGAUUUUUGAGAGACGAUUUGUUCGUCUAGAUGACUUGUCCGUCUCUAAUGUGAAUAGGGCUAUUGCGCGUGUUCUGUAGCGUUUUAUGUCAAUUGCUGACGUCAUUAGAAUUUUCCAUUUAGUAAAACAAUGCGCUAUAUCUCUCUAUUUUCUCUGGUGACCUAUGUUCAAAUUUUGCAUGCUGUAUUGCACCGCUAAAAACUUUCAUUAUACAAAACAUAAAAAAAUUCUGUAAUGCCAAAAACAUCAUUUACCGAAGAAUACGACAUUUUUGCGUUUUCCAAAAAAAUGGCAUUACAGAUUUUUUUAUAUUUUGCAAAUUGUUAGCUUUUCUUCCAAGUACUUAAAAUAAUGCACGGAAAAAAUUGGGGGUCACCAUGCUUCUUUUCCAACUAUACGAGACGAUAGGUCAUUUUGGAGUAAGUUUCGUACACGUAUGUCGUCAUAGCAAUGAAAUAUAUGUUACUAAAACUAAUAUAAUUUGAAAGUAGAGAUAUCAAAAUAUAUAUAAACCCCAAUAUCUGGUGAAUAAAUUCUAGAAAUACGUAGUCUGAACAUGUCAAAGUGUUGAACACCUGAAUUUUUGAAAACUGUAUCGAGCCACCUUAAUUAAAUGGAUACGACGUUAUACGUAAGGACAGAAAUAGAAUGGGCGGUGGAGUAGCUAUUUACUUUAGAGAUAAUAUAAAUACUAAAAACCGAAAUGAACUUGUGCUUGACUCUCUAGAAGCGUUAUUAUGUGUUGAAGUUCGGAAACCUAAGAGCAAGCCAAUUCUAAUUGUGAGUUGUUAUCGUCCGCCAAACUCAAAUCAUGAAGUCUUAAAGUUAAUUGAAAAUCUUAUUAAAAACUUGGACAAUGAAGAAAAAGAAAUUGUGAGACAAUUUAUUUAAUGAAUAUUUCUCUGAAAUCGGAGAAAAACUAUCAGGAGAAAUUCCCUCUACAAAUAUAAAAUAUGCCGACUACAUAAAACACAACGAAUAUACAUUUGACUUUGUAGAAAUUACUGAGGAUGAAGUUCUAGCUGAAUUAAAAAAUUUAAAAGCCAAAAAGAUUUUGGACCAGGCAAUAGAUCUCCAAAAUUAAUCAAAGACUCUAGUUGUGUAUAAUUGCAUCAACACUGGCGAAUAUUUUUAAUCAGUCACUUAAAAUGGAAAAAUUUCCUAACAAAUGGGCACUCGCUAGAGUUUCUCCAAUCUUUAAGGCAGGAUUAAAGCCUGAACUUGGCAACUAUAGACCGAUAUCUGUUCUCUCAGCUGUGUCUGAAUUAUUUACGAAAUAUCAAUCAGGAUUUAGGAAAGGUUUUUCCACAUCGACAGCACUGAUAAGUGUUACAAAUGAACGGUUAUGUAACAUUGACAAAGGCCUAAUAAAUGGCGUAUUAUUUCUUGAUUUAAAAAAGGCGUUUGAUACUGUAAAUCAUGAUAUUCUUAUUGAGAAAUUAAAACUUUAUGGCUUUCAAAAACAAUCUCUAUCAUGGUUAGAAUCCUACUUGAAAGAUAGGAAACAAUUUUGUAAAAUUAAUCAAAGUCAGUGAUCAAUCAGGAACUUUCGAUGUGGGAUACCUCAAGGAUCAAAUCUUGGCCCACACUAAAUACAACUAAAACUGAAUUCAUGAUAAUAGGAUCCAAGCACAACCUUACUAAAGUUCAAAGGGAUCCAAUUAUGACAAUUGGAAAUAAUAAUAUAAAACGCGUUUAUAAAACAAAAAGUCUGGGAAUCAUUAUAGAUGACAAGCUAAAUUGGAAGGAGAAUAUACAUAGUAUCUGUAAGAAAACGUCGAAGGGUAUAUGAAUGCUACGAUUUUGUAAGUCUUUUGUUUCUCGAGAUACUUUAAGAAAUGAUUUAUAAUGCACUUAUUCUACCUCAUUUUGACUACUGCUCCCUUGUUUGGAGUAAUUGUUCAGAAACAUUGAAAUUAAAAUUACACUAAAAACUUCAAAACAGGGCGGCAAGGGUCAUUACAGGUGAUAAUUAUGACGUCCGAUCAAAACAAAUAUUACUUAAGUUAGGCUGGAAAACGCUGGAUGAAAGGCGACAAAAUCUCAUGGAAAAUGUAUGAGUAAUGUUAUGAAUGAUAACGGUCCGGAGAUAAUAGCUAGCCUUUUUGAAAAGUGCAACAAUUUUAAUUGUAAUUUAAGAAGUAAUGGCAAAUUUCUAAGACUGUCAAAACCAAACACGAACUCUAUGAAGAGAAGUUUUAGUUAUAUGGGGGCGAAGACCUGGAUAUUAAAAAAAGGGUUGGAAAAUUUUUCCGGACAUAAACCAGUUAAAUUAAGGGUCAAAAUAAUUUUUCCGUACAAAUUCCUGUUAAAACGUGGGUGAAGCUCUUAUUUUUGGACCAAUAUCUGUAAAAUUUAGGUCUAUAAAUUCUAUUCAAUUCCCUCCGAAAGCCCUGCAAGUUACUUAAUAACUCUAAAAUAACUUUAAAAUAUUUGAUUGCCCUGCCAAUCCAGAUGAUUCGUAUUUUUUUUUUGGGGGGGGGGUCAUACUCCCCUCAUGUUUCGCCCCUGAUGUCAAUUGAUAGGUUACCGUGUAUAAAUAUAAUUAAAUUCAAAUACAAAUGAAACCACAAUCAUUAGACAAGAUCGAGCAGGGGUGGGGAGAUUAUCAAAAAAAUAAAAAAGGUCAUCAAGUUUAGAUUAGUUUCAGAUACAGAUUAGAUUAGGGUUAGAUUAAGAUUAUGUUAGGUUUAGGUUAGGGGUUACGGCUCGACAUGUGUCGCGAAUUUAUUGUAUUGAUAAUUUCGGUCGUGUUUAACAAUUUACUCAUAUAGUAAAUUCAAAGGUGGAGCUCAUGCUGAAUGGUGUGGCACCGCAUGCAUGUUUUAUGAUUUGGUCUUUUAUAAAUUUUUUAUAUGUAUUCUUACCAAGGUUUUCAUCCGUUCUUCUUUACUUUUAUUCGAAGGAAACUGCCACUUCAUUGUUUAUUGCCUCACAGUCUGGUUAUGUUGAUGUUGUUAGAGAAUUAAUUUCGUUCAAGCCAUCGCUUAAUGCACCUUUACAG